AUGGAGUCUGGCGAUGACCCUGAGACUGAAAAGAAAAUCGUCCAGCCAUCGUCAACUGGAUCAGAACUUGUUCGCAUCUCCUCUGAAACACAACCUGGCAGGACGGUCCUUCCCGAACCCGUCGCCAAAGCCAUCAGUUUGGCCACCCGAUCCAGCAGUCUCGCGCUUCGUGUUGGAACUCUCAUCACUUCGUAUGGGUUCGAUGCCGCCAAAUUCACGACCUUGUCGAGCCUCGAGCUCGGCCGUGGCAUCCUCGAAGGAAUCCUCCACCGAGCUGGACAAAAUGCCAUCGCACGGUCACAGUCCACCUUGGCCCGCGUGGAUGCCGAGACUGUCAUCGAACGGAGUCUCGAGAGCCUGCACAUGGCCAUGUCCCAGAUCGUGUUCUGGACGACCGCCGGUUUUUAUGUCGCUGAAACGACCUUUGCCGCUGGUUCGCAGAUAACGCAGCUGCUCCUGUCGUCCUUGGACCAGUUCUUCGGCUCCACAGACUCGUCCCGCGCCAUCGCCAGCAUCAUCACGCUGGUCCGCCGCGAGUUUCAGAACCCAGCAACCGGCCACAGUGGUCAGAAGGUUGGCGUCACCGAUCUCGCCAUGGGGAUCUGUGCAUUGGCAUAUCUUCAGCAGAAGUGCUGGAAACUUCCCGAUGAGGAAAGACGCCGAGCGCCCCAGGAGGAAAUUGUUUGGGAUAUUGUCGUGCUCAGCGAUGGCGAACGAGUCGACGUCCACGAAGACAGCCUCUAUGGCAUACACAAGGGUCGUUACGAGCCAAAAGGGCCAGGCAUUCUUGUUUCCAAACCUGGACCCUCUCAUGGCCCAGACCUCAUUGCGACGCUGCAGCGACACGCCAGCCAAGACAGUGGUGACGAGGAUGACUAUGUCUCCCCCGAAAAUCGUCUUCGAGACCAAAUCAUGCAAUCUCUACCCGCCGACACGAGCGUUUCCAUCACGACGUCUACACAUACGCAGAAGACCAUCACUGUUGAAUUCACUGGCGCCGAAUCGCCUGCACUGUCCCCUCCUCCCGGUGUUGAACUUGUUGAGAGAGAAUUCAUCCCUGCGGCCGAUGCUCAAAGAGACGUAUUCUCGAGUACCCCCGGUGCGGUCACCGAUCAAAUCACGCAACGUGUAGUGUACAAGUUCGACAAGACGAUGCUCCGGAGUACGGCCUGUCGAGGCUACGACCAGUCUCCGAAAGUGUCUGGAUCAGUGGCCGAGAUUGAUAUUCUUCUUGAUGGGCCAGACGGCCCACCUCCACAGCUGCCAGAGCGUCGUCAUAAAGCAGCUCUAGAAGCACAACCCCCGAUUCCGCCCCGGCGGCACAGCUCAAAAGCUUUCGAGGAACUCGCUACAAGUCCAAGGGUAGAGCAGACCAGCAUCCCUCUUGCGGCAGACUCUUCCCACAGACAGACCUUCCGCAAGGUGUCUGACUCCGCAGUCGACGUUGUGAAGUCGCAGACCAAUGCCAUUUCCGACAACGGUUCAAACCAGAAACGCCAGCGGGCUCCUUUAGGGCCAGUGGGCACGAAGCGCAGCUCCGAACCUUCACUUCAGGCUGAGGAGCCCCUCUCGGCCAAACCGCGAUUGACCAAGUCUAAGACUGAGCCAAUCAAAGACAGCAAGUUGCCUCCGAAGAAGACGGGGGUGCGACAAGCUCUGAAAAGAGCUCCAGGGUCUAGCAUGUCCAGUCUCUGGAGUCGAGAUACACCUGAUGCAGCUGCCGCGAUGGCCCCUUCAAUAAAUCCAGCCCCCAAACCAAAGCCGGCGUCAACUUUGAAGAAGCUUGUCAACCCAACCAACCUAUCCCAUCGUCCUUUUAAUCGAGCAACAGGACCAACUGUGUCGUCCAAUCUCCGCGAUAAAGGGUCCUUCGAGGACCCCGCCGAAAAUCCGCGCAGCUCAUCUCGGGCAGGCUUCAUUUCAAUUCACGAACGUCGGCGGGAUUCGGUUGUAUCUCAAACUGAUACUUACUCGAUGCACUCCAUGGACAGUCUAAGGCCGGACUCACCCAUGCUUGCCCGGCGAUCACCAAGCGCCUUGGGCAAGACGUUUCCAGAGUAUGAUGCAGGUGACUUUGGCUCCCCCGCCUCACCUAGAGCCAACCGCAUGAGGCAGAGAGGGCACACUCCCAGCACCAGCCUCUACAGCAUAGCAACGAAUGGUUCGCAAACCUCCCUGGUCUUGGCAGCGAGGCAUCCGAAAAGUGCCUACACAGAUUCGGAGGCCAUCGAAACGUUGCGACGUGCCGGCGUUGUAGAUGGAAUGUUCCCAGCAAAACAUCUACUUCACAACAUCACACGCUUCAUGCUUUACUCAUCUGCCGCAUAUGGGUCGGGAUUCCUCAAGUUCAUGAGGAUCUCAAGGAACCUACCUAUCCUCAAAGCCAUGGACGAGACGCACCAUGAAAUACGAUCAUUUGCUCAUCACACGGAGUCCAAGGCUGAAGACGUUCUCAUGGCGUCUUUCGUCGAUUCUCAUGGCGGGUCCGACACGACAGGUGCAACUGGUACCGGGGUGCCCCUAGUUCACUACAUAUCUCUCGAUCAUGAAUCCAAAGCAGUAGUGCUGGCUUGCCGAGGCACGUUGGGCUUCGAAGACGUCCUGGCUGAUCUAGCUUGCGACUACGAUGACAUGUCGUGGCAAGCGCUCGACGAGUUUAGCGACUACGGCCUCAUCCUCUGCGGCCACUCCUUAGGGGGCGCCGUGACAGCCCUUCUGGGCACCAUGCUCGCCGAGCCGAGUCCGACUGGCACGGGGUUCGUGACCUCUGCCGAACCACACCACCGCCUACUCACAUACGAGUCCUCAGCCACAGCGGGUUCCGGUGGUACGACGCCCGUCUGCCUCCCCUCAGGCCGGCCCAUACACGUCUAUGCCUACGGCCCGCCGGGCACAAUGUCUCCCGCCCUGCGCAAGGCCACGCGUGGCCUCAUCACAAGUAUCGUCCACGGCCACGACCUCGUACCGUACCUCUCGCUCGGCGUCUUGCAUGACUUUCAGGCGGUGGCGCUCGCCUUCCAGAGCGACAGCACCGACGCCUCCCGUAUUGAGGCCCGCCGGCGCGUCUGGCAGGCUUUCCAGCACGGACUGGCCGACAAGUGGUACGCCACCUCGACCGCCAGCUUGCCCGAGAACGACCAGUGGGCUCUGACGGCGUUGGGCUCCCUGCGGAGGAGCAUAGUCGGCACCAAGCUCGUGCCGCCAGGGGAGGUAUUUGUCGUCGAGAGCUCGAAAGUGUUGCGGAGAGAUGCCUUUGUGCUCGCUGAGGAGGUGGAUAUCGGGCAGCCGGCGAAGAGAGUCGUUCUCAAAUACAUCCGGGACGUCGAGGCGCGAUUUGGCGAGGUUCGGUUCGGGACUAGCAUGUUGAUGGAUCACAGUCCGGCCAAGUAUGAGGAGGCGCUGCGGAAGUUGCGGCUCGGGGUGGUCGACGCAGGAUACUAG